CACGUUGGAACGCUAAUCAAACUGGCCGGAAGCGGAAGUUAACGUCCUGCUCUAGUUGUUUCCCCUUUGCGGCAUGGUUGCUGGUACAUGACAUGCAGAAGGCUAGUUCUUUUCACCUUGGCAAGGUUUGGGAUCAUCUAUUAGGUUCAGAAAAUGGCAUUUGUGAAUACGUUCUUGCGAACCAUUCGAUGUUCUGCUGUCCAUACUUUGAUACAGGAAGGUGGACGUUGGCCAUCGUUAAAAGUUUCACAUCAGCUCACUCAGUCUAGAAGGAUAAUGUUAUCACACCAUAUGAGGAAGGAAGAUGCCAAGUCAGAAACUAAUGAAACAUUAGAUCUGGAAGAGUGGAAAAGCAUCUUGAAAUCAGGCAUAGAAAGUGCUGAACCGGUGAAAACAGUGGCACAGGAGGAUUCCUCUCUAAAUGGAAUGCGGGAACUUGUGGAAAUGUGGAGACUGGCCGGUAGGGCGGUACCACAGUUAAUAACAACAGAGCAGUUACAUGUCCUCAUGGAGCUUCCAACAAAAACUGCUAGAAAAAAGUACUUAAAAUUCCUCUCUGUUAGGGAAAUUAUUAAAACAAACCAGAAAGAGAAGAAAAAAGAACUUAAGGAAUGGAGUAAGUCCAAAAUGGAAAGCUUGGAUCAAUUAGAAACAAAAGAAGAUGCCACUGAAAAGAAAAAUACUUUUUUAUUACAUGUUCGGGACAGUUCUAUAGAAACAAUUCAGCGUUGGAAAUGUGCCCAAGCAAUGAAAUUUGGACAGCCAUUAGUGUUUGAUAUGGUAUAUGAAAAGUAUAUGUCACGGUAUGAGUUAGAGAACACUGUGUGUCAGCUUAUGGAGUCUGAAGGCUGUAACAGAAGAAAUGCUGAUCCAUUCCAUAUGUACUUCUGCAGCCUGCAGCCUGAUAGCCCAUACCAUAAAGAAUUGGUAAAACGCUAUAUGGGAGCUUGGGAUAACAUCUUUGUCACAGCCACAGAUAAACCUCAUGUUGAAAUAUUUCCUAAAGAACAACUUGUGUACUUAACAGCAGACUCUCCCAAUGAGUUAAAACACUUUGACCAUACUAAAAUAUAUAUAAUUGGUUCACUAGUUGACAAAUGCCAACAAACAGGCUUGUCUUUGGCAAAUGCCAAAAGGCUUAAUCUAGCCACUGCAAGACUUCCAUUAGACAGAUACUUGAAAUGGGACGUUGGUGCGAAAAAUCUAACACUUGACCAAAUGAUUCGCAUUCUGCUGUGUUUAAAGGAUACUGGUGACUGGAAAAAAGCUUUAUCUUUUGUUCCAACCAGAAAGCAUGAUGGUUUUAUGGAACCUGCUGCCUCUAAGAAAACGAACUUAAAAAAUGAACGUGCUAUGGAACAUGCUCCUGCCAUGAAAAGAAAAGUGCUGAAAAAUUCUAAAGUAUAUGAGUUUGGUAAAAGUAAAUCAUUUAUCAAACCAGAACAGAUUUAAGAUACUUCUAUAAGAUCAACAAGGAAAAGAUGGUUGGAGGAGGAAAAUUAAUUGUUGCAAUUUUAUUUUUACAUGUUUCCUAAUACAGGUUUUCCUUUCACAAGCAGAACAGUUAAAUUAAAAGUAACACCAAAAAAGUAAGUGUUAAGUAAAGUAUAUAUAAUAUACUGCUGCUCUGCACUGGUGAAACUGGUGUGUUUGCUUCAGAAACACAACUAUAGUUUAUAUAAACAAGCUGCUGUGUUUCCAUGGGGGCAGCCAUUCAAGCACAGGAUACUCUGUAGAUAACAGAUAAGAACUGAAGAAUCCAAUUGUAUACUACAGAUUUUAUCUGCUGUGUAUCCUGUGCCUUAUCUCCCUUUUUCAGCUCUGGAUGGCUGUCCCCAUGUCUACACAGCAGCUUGUUUAUAUAAACUAUAAUAGAGCUUCUGAAACAAAUACACCAGUUUUACCAAUGCAGCACAACAAUACAUUAUAUAACUUUGGUGGUACUGUUCCUUUAAGGAUUCUGUUACAUUUGUGUAAUUGAUCACCAAACCAGCAUUUCUGUUGUAGGACAUAAUAAAAAAUUUUGAAGAA